AUUUAGUGAUAAAGUGAGACAUAGAGACAGUUAAUAUAGAGAAGUACUGUAUAUAAUACUGUAUUAUAUUAGCAUUGAAUACAUUGAAAGCAUUGAAUCCAUUGAAUUGGCGCUCAUUUAUAGUGAAUCACUUGAAAGGCAUUCAUUGUCUUAUAGUUUAUUAAUUUGAUUAAAAAUGAGUGACAAUUGGGAUGAUUGGGGCUCCGGUUCGGCCACCACUUCGGCAGCAACUAAACCAGUGGCCAAUGAUGACGAAUGGGCAAUGGAUACGACCGGUGCGUCCAAUACUGCUGGUGACAGUUGGACUAAUGGCGGCGGCAAUGGACGUUCAGGUGGUGGUCGCGACUGUUUUAAUUGCCAUCAAAGUGGACAUAUGAGUCGAGAAUGUCCCGAACCCCGUAAAGAAAGGUCGGGUCCGAGAAAGUGUUACAAUUGUCAACAGGAAGGACACUCAAGCCGUGACUGUACGGAACCAAAGAAAGAGAAUUCUCGCAGUUGUUUCAAUUGCAAUGCCAGUGACCACAUGUCACGUGAUUGUCCUCAACCCAAGAAAUCGAGAGCUCUUACAUGCUUUAACUGUCAACAAGAGGGACACAGAAGUAAUGACUGUACUGAACCAAAAAAACCGAGAAAUGGUUACAAUUCAAAGAGUCAAACGACUUCAAACACUGACGACUGGGGAGCGACUAACAGUUCUUCGACUGCCACUAAAGCUAAUGAUGAUUUUGAUUGGGGCGAUGACAGUGGAACUACUAGUAAUAAUAAUAAUGAGAGUAAAGGGAAUAGUGGUGAAUGUCAUCGUUGUCACGAAACUGGACAUAUGGCUAGAGACUGUCCAACUUCAACUACCGGACCAAAUGAAUGUCGUAGAUGUAAGAAAACUGGCCAUAAAGCUGCCGAUUGUACUGAAGAAGUUAUUGGCGAAGACGGCAAACCUAUUGCACCCAUUUAUAAGCCUAAUGUGAUCGAUGAAGACUCAGAAAACCUAUACGACACGACUCCCGCUGGUAUUAACUUUAAUCGAUACGACAAAAUUAAAGUUAAUCUUUCGGGAGACGAUCCGAAACCACCAGCGAUUGAGGCAUUUUCUGAUGUCAUUAAAAGCGAUUUAAUGAACGAAGCCAUUAAUAAAUGCAAGUAUACUAAACCAACUCCCGUUCAGAAGUAUGCCAUUCCUAUAAUAGCCGCUGAAAGAGAUUUGAUGGCUUGCGCUCAAACUGGUUCAGGAAAAACUGCUGCUUUUAUUUUGCCUAUACUUCAAAAUUUGUUGUCAUUGAGUGAUUUGCCCUCAAUGUAUGGCCAAUCACCUCAAGAGCCACUUUGUGUGAUAAUAUCUCCAACUCGUGAAUUAGCGAUUCAAAUACAUACCGAAGCGGUUAAGUUCGCAAAAGGAAGUAUUGUUAAGCCUUGUCUUGUAUACGGCGGUACUUCAGUUGGUUUUCAAUUGGCUCACAUAUCACGUGGUGCUCACCUUUUAGUGGCAACUCCGGGAAGACUCUUAGAUUUUGUGACUAAAGGAAAAGUAUCUUUUGCUAACUUAAAGUAUUUAGUUUUGGACGAAGCGGACCGUAUGAUAGAUCAGGGAUUUUUGCCUGAAGUCAGACGUAUGGUUACUCACGAAACAAUGCCAGACAAGUCUAAGCGUCAAACACUCAUGUUUUCGGCCACUUUUCCCGAUGAAGUUCAGCGUUUAGCUCAAGAAUUUCUUAAAAGUAAUUAUAUGUUUUUGACUGUCGGUGUGGUUGGAUCUGCCAAUUCUGAUGUGGAACAAACAUUCCUCGAAGUUGACGGAAAAACUAAACGAUCGACACUAAUGGAUAUUUUGAGAAAAGGUGAAAGCAAUGAAAGAACUUUGAUUUUUGUGGAGAAAAAGAAAACGGCAGACUUUUUAGCUUCUUAUUUGUCACAAAACAAUAUGAUGACCACUUCCAUUCACGGCGAUCGCUUUCAGAGCCAAAGAGAACAAGCACUUCAUGAUUUCCGAAGUGGUCGUAUGCCUAUUCUUGUGGCCACUUCAGUGGCUGCACGCGGUCUUGAUAUUAAAGAUGUAAAACAUGUGGUAAAUUAUGAUUUGCCUCAUGAGAUCGAUGAAUACGUGCAUCGAAUUGGUCGCACGGGUCGAGUCGGAAACAUAGGAAAGGCUACGUCUUUCUUUGAUCCGUCCAGUGAUAAUGAUAUAGCUUUGACCGCUUCACUCAUCAAAAUAUUGGAAACCGCCGAUCAAACUGUUCCCGAAUUUCUGCAAAACUGCUCGUCUGGUGUCCGCAACAUUUCUAAUGGCGGAACAUUUGGUGGAACUGACUUCAGAGGAGAUUCAACUGUCACCACAACAACCAAUGAUGAUGACUGGGAUUAAGUGUUGAUCACUUUUAUUAGUCAUUAUAUAAAACAUCUGAGCUUUUGUUUUAUAAUACUUUUAUACCAAAAUAUUUUUUAAUUACAGAAAUAGUCGUAUAUUUGCGUAAAAUUAUAAGCAAUAUUUGAUUUGUUAAUUUGAACAAAAAUUUAAGUAAUCUCAGUUUGUUUUUGUAUUGUUUAUUAUUAUUAUAUGAGACAUUUAAUGGUUUAUAAAAUAUUUUAAAAAUGUUUUCUCUUAAAUAUUGAAAUAUAAAUAUUGUUAAUUGCAUUGUUUAAAUAUAUAUUUAAUUUCGUUACCUUUCAAAGGUAUAUUG